UCUAGCUAGUAGCUAGCAGUGGGAGUCAGGGAUUUUUGGUCUAUCCCAUAUUAUUUCUCUUAAGUGCAGGUCUUUUGUUUGCCGGUGCUCAAUCUUCCGCUCCUUACUGCGUUUCGACUCUGAUAUCCCCCCAGUUUGCACUCAUGGUGAGACUCUUCAAAGUGAGAUGGGGCAGUAGUUAUGUUAGCGCUAAAGCCUAAUAGUAACCGUGACAUGGCAGACCAUGUGGAGAGGUCGAAAUGCCCUGCAGCACUAUCCCCUUGGUCAUCCUCAUUGAUCCAUAUGUCUCUUUAAUCUUGCCAAGGACGUUCACGACAGAUUCGAGAAGCUUGGCUCCUUGUCUGGCCUGGUUGAAUUUUAUCAGGCUGCACUGGAGCUCCGUCCCCCUGGCCAUUCUUAUCGAUACGCGACUUUUAACAACCUUACCAACAGCCCUCAAGAUAGAUUUCAGCAGCGGGGCUGUCUUGUCUGACCUCGAUGAGGCGACUGAGCUCCAUCAGGAUACGUCACUCCUUUGUCCCACAGGUCAUUCUGACAUUCUGAUUCUCAACAAUCUUGCUAUCAGCCUUCAUGACAGAUUCGGGCAGCUUAAUAUCCCAUCUGACCUUGAUGAAGCAAUUGAGAUUGGGCUUCACCAGAUUGCACUAGCACUACUCCUGGCUGAUCAUUCUGUGGUCGAUCUGUGUCAGGUGAUAUUGGCGCUACCUUGGCAGAAGAAUCCAAGCGGCUGAGCUUCCGCCUUCGUAACAUGUUCGACCAAUCUAUUGUAGACCAGUCCCUGCAAAUCCAGCAGUAGGAUGAUGUUGUUUCGCGCAUCUGCAUGCUCCCUGACUUUUCGUUUCCUCCUACCUCCACUGUUUUCCGACCCUAAGAAAAUGGCCGUUGAUGGUCCAGUCGUCAUUAUCGAUGCUAGUAAGUACAGCCGUGACGCCUUGAUUGUCUUGAGCACCCAAGAUCCUAUCCACGUACCACUUGAUAUCGUGCGGACCGGGGUCUCUGAGUUGUCCGAUGACUUUCAGCUCCUCGCAGAGACAUUCGAUUUUUCUAAUUAUCGACACAAGCUUGCCAGCAUCCUCC